CUUCACUCAGUCGCUCAGUUACUGACGAAGGUCUGACCCGAGUGUGUGUAUGGAAGUGCCCGGUGUUUAGCGUCCGCCGCCACCUACCCCUUCCGGAUAUUAACCUCCUUGUACGAUGAUUUUGUCUGCGGAAUACAGUCAAGAUAAGAUGGGUUCCACAACGUGUCUACCUCAGGGGGUGCUGCACACGCCUCGCCCUGCGAUGUAUCCCACCUACCUCAUGGACCCCUCGCACCCCUGGCAUCAUCCCUUGAAACAAGAGCCAGAGGAAAGCUCUGUAAACAAUGACUCCGGAAUCUCUCCGAGCCACUACAACAGUGACGGCAGUGUACAGAACACUUCACCGCAGUCGUACCACAGCGAGGCUCGGUCUGACGACUCCGGUCACGUGGACAGGGAGGAUCACCAGACCAAUGCUACCCUCGGUAUCCUGGCCCGACCCGUCAUCGAGACUCCCCACCAGACUACCCUCGGUCUACUGGCUCAAUCUCAGUCCGCGCCAGCGACUCCGCCGAGCCCCCGACAGAGGAGUUCUCCCUGCAGCCGCACGUCCCCACAGCCACCGUCCCCACAACAGCAGACAGCUCUCGGCUAUCUGGCGUCCGGAGUCACGUCUCCACACAGUCCACGUGUGCACAACUCUCCCCAGCAGCCUUCCCCGUCAACUAGUGUAGUCCCCCAGCAGCUGAAACCCACCGAUGACAACAGUGUCUCCUCUGCCUCUUCAGCUGACAUUGAUAUGUACUAUGAGGAUCCCCUAAGAGGACUGCAGAUGGCCUUGCAAAGACGGGGCAUGAUGGGUCCUGUGCCGACAGAGCAGCCCGUCAAUGGAGAGAAACCUCUUCAAUGUCCGCUCUGCCAAUAUUCCACAACUAUAAGAAGUGCUUUCAACAACCACCUGAUGAGUGAGCAUGGUGAACAGGUAAGCUGUCACCUCUGUGAUUUCACUGCCGAGAACCACACCAAGUUGAGGGAACACUUAAAAGAAGAGCAUGGCACCCAGCUGGGACCGGAAGAUGAGACACCCUGGGCUGACGAGGACGAGGGAGUUACUACACCCAAGGUCAACUCACAAGGUAAGGUGAAGACCUAUCGCUGCAAGCAAUGUGAGUUCAGCACCGUCACCAAGCUGGAAUUCUGGGAGCACACUCGAGGACACAUCAAGCCGGAGCGGCUGCUCACCUGUCCCAAGUGUCCCUUCGUCACAGAAUACAAGCAUCAUCUCGAGUAUCACCUGCGAAACCACUUUGGAUCCAAGCCCUUCAAGUGUGACAAGUGCUCUUACUCAUGCGUCAAUAAGUCCAUGCUCAACUCUCAUCUCAAGUCUCACAGCAACAUCUACCAGUUUCGUUGUGCCGAUUGUAUUUAUGCGACCAAAUAUUGUCAUAGCCUGAAACUGCACUUGCGAAAGUACAACCACAAUCCUGCAAUGGUGCUGAAUCCGGAUGGCUCACCAAAUCCUCUUCCGAUAGUCGAUGUCUAUGGAACGAGGAGAGGACCAAAACGCCCCAAGAAGACGGAGGAAAUGCCUCAACAACCUCAACAACCCGCCAUGUCAUCACUGCAUCCCAUGUUUUCAAGUCCUUACGGGUUCCUUCCUAGUCAAACCAUACCCUAUACCUACAAUACCCUAAUGAACACCUUCCAUAGAAAUCCACUCCUUCCGUUGGCAAGCCACCCUUCCAUCAUGUAUGAAGAACCAGUUCAACCCAAAACCGAACCUGAGAACAGUUUAUACAACACUGCACUCAACAAUGUCCAGCAAUCUGCAAUGAACAACAAUCAAGAAGGCGUAAAAGAAUAUCUUACGAGAGUGAUAACUACGCAGCAGGAAAUCGUCGCAAGGACUUCUUAUUCUCCUGAGAGUCCUGUAAAAGUCGAGAAUGUUGAAGAGAAUUCACCGAGAGCCACCGCGGGAGCUCCUCUAGACUUGAGCCGACAAGAACCAGAACAAGAACGAGGUAAGAAGGUUCCAAGUGAUCUCCCCACGGAGCAAUCAUCAACUACCAAGAGCAGAAGAAAAGGGAAGGCUUUCAAGUUGGAGAGGAUAGCACAGCGGCUGCAGCAAAUCAGCUCUGAUGAAGAAGAUUGUGAACCGAGCCCUAAACAGCUCAGGUUUGAUUUCUCGCCGGAGCAACCGAAAAAGAGUACUGAUGAAGAAGUCGCUACUAAUAAAACGGCCGAACCUGAAAUUUCUGAAAGCAAGAGUCCGUCAUCUCCUAAUGUCAACUUUUGUGAACCAGCCAGUGGAGAGUACAAGUCAAAUGUCUCUGAAGAACGCAAGGAGAGGUGGAAGAAUGUAAAGGAAGUGUACGACUGCCCCUACUGUGAUAUCCUGUUCGGAGAUGUUGUGAUGUACACGAUGCACAUGGGUUAUCACGGAUAUCAGAACCCGUUCACCUGCAACAUGUGUGGCCACCAGACGACUGACAAAGUACAGUUUUUACUCCAUCUCACCCGUGUUGCACAUAAUUAAUUACAACACUUUCACUGGAUCGAUGACCUUUAUACAUAGGCUUUGUGAAUAUAGAGUUAUAUUUAACAGAUAGAUUUUUGCUAUAUCAAAUGUUUUAUUUUAAAAUAAUGUGUAUUUUAUUGCCAAGGUCUCACUCAAAGAAUAAAAUCUGUAACGAGAUUUUUUUGCCGAAAUAAUUUUAUUUCGAAUAAAAUGUAGAAGACUAUUGUCAGAUAUGUAUUUUAAAUGUAAAUAUGGUGGAAGGUUUUUGUAAUACAUGUUAUUAUGAUGGCAAUGGUUUAUUUGUGUUUGUAAAGUAAUCAAAAUAACCCCCUCACUGCCAGGUGACGGUCGAGAUUAUGUGACUCGUUUCGUGUACAGAAAUCGUUGCCUAAGUCUCAGGGUAUUAUAUGACAAUACCUGACAAACUAAAAAUAGAAAGUUAAGUCCCUGAGACUUAGGCGACAUCUAAUAAAGAUCAGAUUUGCUGUGCAGUACAAUCAUCGCCUGAAGUCGGCGGGGUUAUUUAUUCUUUUUUUCCGUCCCAAGUAUUGUUUUAACAUGCGCGUGUACUUUUGCACACGCGAUGUUUUAUUAAAACGUUGAAAUUGGGCAGGAUAUUUUUCUUUGCAUUGUAUACUGCAUUUUUAUUAGUGUAUCUAAUUUCUAUAAAUAACAUAUAUUUAAUUAACUUCAAAUCGAUAAAAAGUAAUGUGAACUUUAAAAUUCAAAAUGUAAAAUGCUUGUAGGAAUUAUAAUAUAAAUUUAAAGUAUUUUAAAGCAAGAAAACUGAAAUUAAUAAUAGUUUUUAAACGUGAUUCAGUAUUUUUUUAUUAGUAUCCUGUAUCUUACUAAGUUUAGAGUACUGCUAUUGAUCUAGUCAGGUCAUGUAAGUAAGUACAUUUUUUAUUUAUUGUGAUUAUUUAUGCAUUUUACAAUUGUAUGAGUACAUGGUGUAGAUCAUUGUGUUUAUUUAGAUGUGUGGUCAUUUAGACCACUUUUUUCGGAAAGGUACGGGUUUUUUCAAUCUUGAGCCAAUGCUUGAUCCAAAGAUUUUAGUGUUAUAUCGGCUAUAUAAUAUAUAUAAAUAUAUUUAAUGUAAAUAAAAAGUGCAUUAUUUUCUCUGAUUAUGAAAGGUUUGAGCACACAAUCAAAAGAUAUUUGAUAAUAAUAAUGUGAUGUACUGAUUAGACAUAACUAAUGUAGAAUAAAGUCAGUAGGAGAACAUAUCUGUAAAUAAUUACUUAUGCUUUAUAACAGCAUUUUCAGUGAAUUUAGGUUUCUGGAAAAGCUAUUUAAUGCAGAGCACGGUCUUAAUGUAUGCAUUUUCCUACACAUAGGUCUAAAUAUAUUAAUCAAAUGUUUUCUAAUUGCUUGUUUACCUUUCAUUUGAUUAGUGCUUUAUUUUUGUGAAAUAUUUGUAAAUAAUUGAUGUGUGCAAUUUGAUUUUUAUAAUUAGAAUAUUAUAUUGUAAUAUAGUAUAUUUUAUUACAGAUGAAUAAUAUUUUUGUAGUUUUGUACGUUUUGAUGUGGUUUGCUAUUUAUUAGUCAAAAAUAAAGUCAUUUCGAUGUAAACCUUA